GCACUAUUUAUUUAAUAAAAUUAGGUUAGUAUUCUACUAUUUCUUUGCAUUUUUCGUAGUAUUAUUACUAUUAUUUUUAUGUAUUUCAGGAAUGUCCGGAAACUACCAAAUAAUUUAUAAGUUACAAAAUAAAUGCUAAUAAAGAAUUGGAUCGGAUCAGGAAGCAAAAAGGGAGGUGAAUGCCAAAACAAACAAGUGCCAAUUGGGCCACAAAAACCACAAUAUAGCAGCCCAAAUUGCAAGUGAUGGCAGCCACAUGUUUUAUUUCAAAGAAUGGGCACAUAAUGUGUAACAAUAUAUGGCGCACGCCAUAUAGAUCAUGGUGGCCACCACAUAACUUAUCCCCCAUUUUUGCGUACGCGACUUGCUAUUUAAUAGGAAGCAAUUAACAUGUGGCGAUCGCCACUCUUCCAAAGUGGGCCGAAUCACACGCGCAAUCUCAACGGAACAACAGGAAGAAAAUAUCUCCUUCUCGGUCUAUAAAUAGAAGACCCAUAUGUUGUUAUUUUUCACACACGCUUCAUUAUUAGAAUUUAAGAGCAGAUAGAAAAUAUUUUACUUUCCUGUUUUCCAUUCAGUUUAGCAUUCAAGUUUCUUCCGGUGACAUUGUUUUCAAUUCCAGUUUAUUAAGGUAGAAUGGCUGACCUUGCUUCCGAGCUAAUCAGGAUAGCUGCUGAGCAAAAGGGGGAGAAGGCAAAGAAAAAGGUGAAGAGGAGUAAGCCUGGGUCGAGCAGCGCCCUUCAUACCGAGCAGGCAGCUUAUGGGAGUGCCAAUCAGUCUUCGCCCGUGAUGAGCUCAGCGGGGACCCUGGGAAGUCGUACGAAGAGGCAAAGGGACGAGCAGAUGACGACCAUCGUCGAUUUGUCUGAGGGGGACGGUGGAUUUGUCCUCCCAACAUGCCUGAGCAAUAAGAACUUUUUUGACAACAACCCCCCCAGGUGCUUGUGUCGGAGAGGAAUUUUGUCCUGGGUACUUCUUCGGAUGCCCGGCAACAGCAGCUGACCCAAGACAUUGCUGCUGUCAUCUGGCUGGCGGAGACGACCUUGGUAUUAAAUGAGGGGGGCCCACUCAUGAAGCCAAGAAGUUAGCUGCUCGAAAUAGCAAGCUGGAGGGGCGUAUGGUGCAGAUAGAGAGUGAGCUGAUCGAUCUUCGGGGUAAGCAGGAGAACUAUGGUAACCUGUUGGAAGAAGCCCGGCUUACUCGUGAAGACUUGGAAAAAACUAAGAAGGAGCUCGAAGAGUUGAAAACCCAUGGUGCUGAGGAGAAGAAGAAACUGGAGGAGGUGAUAGCCGACCUGCAGUCCAAGCUUGCUCCUGCUGCUGAUGAGGCAGUUGAAACCUCCAGGCUUACCAGUCGAGCAGACCUGGUCAAGGAAAUUAAGAGGCUCGGGGGCCAGAUGUUGGCGAGCAUGGUAUAUGGGUGGAAGAAUGCGGUGGCUCAGCUGAAGAUUGUGAAUUCCGAGCACGGGUUGAAUACCGAGGGAAUUCACAGGCUGAAAAGGGUUGAGAAUGGCCAGAUUGUUUUUCCAGAGAAGUAUAAGCAAAUGACCUUGGAGGAGGAAGGUGAGGAUGAUGACGAGGAGGAGGAUGCUGAGGAGGAUGCUGUCAAGGAGGAGAAGGGUCCUGACAGGGACAAAGAAGGUCAUGAUGAGAGCCACUGAGCCUCCUCGACAAGCUGUUUAGGACUGCGCGCCAUUAACUUUGUAUUUGUUUGUUUUAUUUUAUAACGAUUUUUGGGGGCCUGCGUGCCCGGUUUUGUAAUAUUCGAACAAGUGGGUUUUUGUCCCCGUAUUUAUUUAUGACAAUGUUGGGCAUC